GAUGAUACUCAAAAAAUGUACAAUAAAGAUUUGCGUCCUAGUAGGCUACUAUACUUAUCUGGGCAUACACAGGUCUGAUUGCAUAUUUGAUCUAUGCAUGCACUUGCUGCAGUGCGCUUUCUUGGCUGGUUGGACAAUUAUUAAAAGUUUGUUACAUUAUUGUAGCCAUACUGGCUAUCAUACGGAGCCUUUGAAGUCCCAUACCAUACAUUACGCGCAUGAGGCCGACUCCAUUUGAUAAUUAAAUUCCGUGUUGCAUAAGUUUCCACACCUGUAUAUCUUAAUCAAUAUUUAGGCCUACGUGAUGGAAACGAAAGAGGACGAAAAAGCGAUGAGGAACAUUUUUAAAAAGAGGAAUAUGUACGAGACAUUAGGCGAUUAGACUAGAAAGACGUGUCUUUUGUGAAAGCGCUCCAGCUGUCGGUGUUCGACCAAAUGCACAAGAAAAGUAGUCUGCAAUCUUUUUGGCCACACGGGUGCGCUGAUGUAUCACACAAUGCAGAGCCGUAUACGUUGAUUUAGGAAAAUAUUUGCGCUUCUAUUCGACACAAUGUGGGUUCGGACGUCACGUCAUCGACGCAGUAGCCAAGUCUCAAAUCAGUUUCCACUAGGAAGUAUCUACAUUUCAACAUACCCUUUCAUCCAACUCCGUCCGCCCGUCCAGUGUAGGAAUACUGGAUUGCUCAAAUAUUUAAUGCCGUGAACCUAUUUUAUCAAAUCAAUAAUCAGUCUCAAAACGACACACUUACGCCGCAGAUAUGUUAGCAUCAAGACUAGUUGCCUUGAGGUCAGCCUCGUCGCUGUCAAGCAGGGCGUUCUGCAUCAGUGCAACAUGUCAUCAAGGAAAGGCCCCUGACGUAAAUGAGGGAAAUAGAGAUUUGCUUGUGUCCAAUGUCAGAAACAGACUUAGGGAAAUUGUGGGAGCAUCCACCAACUGGAGUGACCAUCGGCAAGCGCUGGAGGACCGGCUCUCUCUGAGCUCUCUGCUGGCGAAGAGUCAGGCCGAUCUGCCCGUGAAGACCGCCAAGGACAGCUACAUCGAAGCCUACCUGCCGCUCGGCUCUGACCCCACCAUCCGCGAGAAAUACCUGAAUUACCACAACAGCGUCAGGUUUGGUCGGAUCCUGGAAGAUCUGGACAGCUUAGCAGUGCUUAUCAGUUACUCUCACACUUGGAGCAAGGACCUCCAGCGGUCGCCACUGUCCAUCGUCACCGCCCUGGUGGACAAGAUCGAUAUGAGGAAAAAUAUCAUCUAUCCUGACUGCGAUAUCAAGUUUACGGGCAACGUUACGUGGGUGGGAAGCACGUCUAUCGAGGCCAAGAUGCACAUGUCCCAGUACCAUGAAGGAGCGUACAGCCCAGUGCUGGAUGCCACGUUCGUCAUGGUGGCUCGAGAUCCGGAAAAUAAGAGGGCGGCUUUUGUGAAUCCACUGAAACCAGAGGGGCCAAAAGAAGAGGAAGAUUUUCGAAAUGGAGAAUUGAGCAAGAACCGCCGGAAGGAGCUGAGCAAAGCGUCUCUCCUGAGGGUGGCGCCCACUGCAGACGAGAGGACGAUCAUACACAGCCUGUUCCUCAACACACUGGAUACUCACACUGUAAGCUUCAGGAGUCGAAAGCUGCCGCCCAACUCCGUGUGGAUGGAGGAUGCCAAGGUGAAGGGGCUGGAGAUCUGCCAUCCUCAGGAAAGGAACAUAUUCAACCGCAUAUUCGGUGGCUUCUUGAUGAGGAAAGCCUACGAGCUGGGCUGGGCCAAUGCCUGCGUGUUUGGGGGCUGUCGACCCACCCUGGUUGCAGUGGACGAUAUUCUGUUCCAGAAGCCGGUGGAGAUCGGCUCCCUGCUGAUGCUCUCCUCCCAGGUGUGUUACACACAGGAGCGGUUCAUCCAGGUGAGGGUGCACACAGAGGUGCUCGACCCCCUGACUGGACAACACAACACAACCAACGUGUUCCACUUCACCUUCAGAGCGGAUAAGGAGGUACCUGCCGUUGCCCCCCGCAGCUACGGAGAGUCCAUGCUGUACCUGGAUGGCAAGAGGCACUUUGAUGAGACAAUGAGGGGUCAGGCCUAAACUAGACGACGAGGGGAGAGGGGUCAAGCCUAAACAAGACGACGAGGGGUGAGGGGUCAAGCCUAAAUGAGACAACGAGGGAUGAGGGACGAUCAGAGGUCAGGCCUAGAUGCAAAGAGGAAUCUCUGGUUAAUGCCUUACAAGUUUUUGAUACUACCUGCCAAUACUGUAUGAGCACUAGAGGCUGUGGUUUUGUGUGUGAAUGGGUGUGUGACAUAAUGAGAAUGAAAUAAUGAGAGAGGAUAUAUAUGCAUGCAAUGACCGUAUCGUUACAGAUUUUAUAUUUACAAUGUAUGUGAAUACUAAAGACACAUUGGGUUUACUCAGAGAGAGGUGGAGAUUUUAUUAUGGUGAUCAUAACAACUGACUUUGACUUUUCACAUAUAACACAGAACACAUGUUGUAUUCUCUAUUUGUUUUCUGUUUCCUGUAUGUAUGAUGUAGUUCCUUUUCCACAAUUUCAUAAUGUUGCUUUGAGCAUUGCUGUCUAAAAUGUAAUGUCUGUUGAAGUAUGUACUGAACUGUUACCAUGCUCUUUGAUGUGCUCUUAGACACUACCUUCACACUUCACGUGUAAUCUUUUUUGUUUACCAAAGAGAUUAUCAGAUUGAUACAUUGGCAGCUGCAACCUGAAGUAAUCCUAGAAUCAGUUUUUCUGAACGAUGUUUGAAAAUGGUUCUGUCCAGUUAUUUUGGCCUUUUUGCACUUCCUAUCUUAUACGACUGUAAAAGUAAUAAUUCUGUCGUCCUUGUCUUAAAAUGGAAGCCAAACGCACAAGUUGUCAUUAUUUUGUGUUUUACUUUCUUUCUUUUUUUAACUUUUUUAUUGUUACAGACAGUACAUGUGUUAUUCACUUCUCAUUGACUGUGUAAUGUGUUUGUGAAGUCAGACAAUAAACACCAUUGGCUAUACCCUUUCAA